AUGGUUUGUGAUACUACUCUAUACGAAUUACUUGACGUUCCACCAAAUGCCACAGAUGAGCAAAUCACUAAAGGUCACCGAAAACAAGCUUUACUUAAUCAUCCAGAUAGAGGUGGCGAUCCAAUUAAAAUGCAACAGAUUAAUAUUGCUAAAGAAGUAUUGUCUGAUCCCAAAAAACGAGAUAUUUAUGAUAAAUAUGGACCAGACGGAUUAAAAACAGGAGGAGGAUCAAGCGGCUUUCCGGGAGGUAUGCCUUCGGGAAUGGAAGAUAUUUUGGCAAAUCUGUUUGGUCACAGAUUUGGUCGUCGACAAACAGUACAUAAAGGAGAUGAUAGAAAGCAUGUUCUCAAAGUGUCACUUGAAGAAUUAUAUCUAGGAUGUUCAAAAAAACAUUCGAUUACUCGUCAUGUCGUUUGUACGAACUGCAGCGGGACUGGUUGUCAAGAUGGAAUUAAACGCAUGUGUACAAAGUGUGAUGGUCAAGGAGUGGAAAAUGUCAUACAGCGAAUGGGUCCAUUUAUUCAACAAAUGCAACGUAAAUGUUCAAGUUGCAACGGACAAGGCGAUAUGAUCACUCCAAAAAAUCGAUGUAAAACUUGUUACGGUCAAAAAAUUUCUGAACAGAAAAAGAUAUUGGAUAUAGAAAUUCCACGUGGAAGUCAAGAUAAACAAACAAUCAAAUACAGUGGAGAAGGUGAUCAAAUACCCAAUGGCAUAGCUGGCGAUGUUUAUAUUAUUCUUCAUCAACAACCACAUCCAAUAUUCGAGCGCAAUGGCGAUAAUCUAACAACAAAAUUAAAUAUUAAUCUCACCGAAUCUUUAUGUGGUUUUCAACGUUUAAUUACAUUGCUGGAUGGACAUAAAAUUUUGAUUAAUCAUCCAUCAGCCAAGCCCAUUGUCCCUAAUUCGUAUCGUUGUUUAAAAGGUCAUGGUAUGCCAAAUCGACAGACGCAUGAACUAGGUGAUUUAAUUAUUCACUUUGAUGUGGAAUUUCCAAGAGAAAAUUUCAUCAAAAAUCAAGCCCAAGUCAAACAAUUAGAAUCUAUUCUUCCUCCUAAACACCAUGUGACAAUGAAUGCUCAAGAAAAUGUGGAGGAAGUUCAAAUGGAGGAUUGUGAAUCGCCUCCAAAAUAUAGUCGUUUUCAAGAUGAUGAUGGUCCAGAUGGUGACGAACAUUCUCAUUCAGACCAUGUUCAAUGUCAAACUCAGUAG